UUCACCUGCUGUAUGAAGCAAAGAGGAAGAGAGUGAGAAAUCAGUCUGGUGAAGACCCGGAGAAAAAUUGAGAGAAGAGUGAACAGGGAGAUGGCUCGUGGCAUGAGCUCCUCCCACUGUACCACAGAAUGGCACACCGAACCGCAGAGCUCACACCCGUGUCCAUUCUCUACCCUAGGCCCAACUCCACCACCUUCUCACCACUGCCAGCUCUCAACGCCAGCCAGCCCAAAGCCAACCUCUCCAUUGCCAUGCCCUGCUUCACCAUGUCCCUGGGCGCCAUCUCCAACCUGAUUGCUUUGGGCAUCCUGGUCAAAUCGUAUGCCCGCUUCCGCCGCCGAUCCAGGACCACCUUCCUGCUCUUGGUUGGCGCACUGCUGGCCACCGAUCUGGUAGGGCACAUCAUCCCAGGCGCCUUUGCACUUCGGCUUUACUUGGCCAAGAUGCAUUGGUCAGCUGUGGACCGUUCGGGGGCUUUCUGCCAGCUGUUUGGGGCCUGCAUGGUGUUUUUCGGCCUGUGCCCGCUGUUCCUCAGUGGUGCCAUGGCUGUGGAGCGCUGUGUGGGUGUUACUAGGCCCCUGCUUCAUUCUAGAGCAGUAACAUCUACCCAUGCCAAACUGGCAGUGGCCCUCCUCUAUAUUCUCGCCCUCCUGGUCGCUGCCCUGCCCCUGGCCAAGGUAGGAAGGUAUUCCCGACAAUUCCCAGACACCUGGUGCUUUCUGCAGGUCCAUGGAACUCUCUCGCUAACAGAUCUAGGCCUCACCCUGGUCUUCUCGGGCCUGGGCCUUGCCUCGCUGUGUCUCUCCCUUCUUUGCAACUCCCUGAGUGGGCUGGCUCUGCUGCAGGCCAGGCUGGGGGGAAGUCAGAAGCUGCCUGGUGCCCGUCAGCACAGCACCCAGUCCCAUGACAUUGAGAUGAUGGCCCAGUUGGCUGGCAUCACCCUGGUGUCCUGCAUCUGCUGGAGCCCCUUUCUGAUCUUCAUCUCUCUCUCAGUCAGCAAGUCCUUCAGCGGCACAGACUAUGACCUGCGGCACUACCAGUGGCUGGUGUUCCUGGGGGUGCGGAUGGCCUCCUGGAAUCAGAUCCUGGACCCCUGGGUUUACAUACUGCUGAGGAGGGCAGUCCUGAGGAGAGUGUACAGAGUACUGAACCCCCAUCGCCAGCUCGCCCACAGCUCCUUCAGGACCAUGGAGAAGGACCAACAGAAUGCCUCCCUGCACUGAGCCAGGUCCACCCACGGCUCUGUACCCAGGUACCAGAUUAAGAAAUGCCUGGAUCUCGAAAAAACAAAUUUCCAGCUUUCAACAUCCGCUCUACGUUUCGAGCAAAGACCCACAUUUUCCCAUUUCCUGAUCAUGUGUAGAUCUGGCAACAUAGAGGACAUGGUCAACCAGAAGGAGCCAGCCAUUCUCUUUGUAUGCCAGAAAACUGAUGAUACUGGAGGGGUCUUUCAUACGAAGGCAUCCAGGAUGCUUAGAACCAGCUGCUUCACCACAUUUCAGAAGGUAAUUCAAUGGGAAUCUCCAAAAAGCACCUUGAAGAGGCCCAGCUGCAGAGUGACUGAGGCGGGCUGGAUAUUCUGCUCCUGUGUGUCAUUUUCCCUGUUCUGAUGAGAGACUCACUUCACCUGCACAGUCUUGCAGGCCUCAAAAAGCAUGGCACAGGAAGAUCCAGACUCUUGGAUGGAGCUGAUGUAGCUGAAUGGAGCUACAGCCAUCAUCCCAGGUGGCAGAGUGACAUGGCAACAGGACCUGCUGCAUCACUGCUCUUGGACCUUGAGCUAGAUCGUUGACUGGGGAACCUGUGUGGAGUUUGCAUGCACCCUCUCCCCUCAAAUUUGCAUGGGUAUUACCUCCCAAAACCCAAAGCGAUGAUGGUGUGGUUGGGCUUAGCUGGUAAUUGGAAACUCCUUUUGUUGGUGGCCCUGCAUUGGAGUGACACACUGUACUGCCCAUAAGAGCUGUCAUGUGCUCUCAGUCCUGCAUUGUACCCUACUGUGCUUCUGGGAUAGGCCCCGUCUGAUUUUACGAUAAGGGAUAGAUGGAUGCAUGGAAUUCCACCCACGGUUCUAUAUGACCCUGCCUCGAUUCAGACUUACAAUCUCAAAGCUACUUAAGGCUCUUACAUGAGUUUUCUCAAUCGUUGUUCAUGAUUCGCCAAACCUGAGAAAACUUGAGCCUUGAAUUAUAAAACUAAAGCACAUGAACAAAGUCAAGAUCUAAAAGAUUAAGCACACACUUGGCAAAGCCAUCACAUUCUAACUUUUUCUCCCAUUGCUGAAUAAACAAAAAACACUACAUCUGUAAUGCGAGUGGGGGGGUUAAACUAAUCUGGUGGUGCCCUUUGCCUUGUCACUCGGACACACUUCGGCACUGUGAAAUCAUCAGUCCAGGCAUUUAGGAUACCAACCCAACCUUUCCUGGCACAGGACCUGCAUAUGGAAGAGUCUCUUAAACUGGGGCAUUUUUGCAGGGAGCUGUCGAGGAGAGCCUGCAUCUGAGGGAGGGGUCACCUGCAGGCAUCAGGAACACCCUGGGUCUUGCCUGUCUUUGUGUGGCAGAGGGUAUGUGUACUGAGGUCACAUUUUCCCUUAAUCCUAUUGUCUUCACACAAUGGCUACUCUACAUAUUAGGUAGAAGAUCAUGCUGCAUCACAAAUAUAUAUACAGUAUACAUACAUCUGUUUCAACCUUUGGUGUACAAAACUGAAUGACAAGAAGUCAUCUUUGUAUUUGCAACAGGUGAAACCUGUAUUACACAAGAAAAAGCACUACUACAGGAGGCAGAACAUACUACACAUGGUGGGGCAGCGGAUAGCAUUGCUGCCUUUCAGCGCUAGGACCCUGGCUUCAAAUGUGGACCGUGGGUGCUGUCUGUGUGGAGUUUGCAUGUUCUACCCAGGUUUGAGUGGGUUUCC